AUGGUGAAAAUAAAGAGGAACCAGAUCCAUGACAUCAGUGAUGAAGAUUCAUUUAUUGAAGUUUACUGUGAGGAAGUAGAGGACACUCCAUCAACACCAUGGCCUGGCAGCAAGGGUGACUGUCAACCGACUGACGAUGCAAGUGGUCAAGAGACACAACUGGAGAGCUUAUUGAAGGAUCUGGGGUUGGAGCACCACUUCACAGAGAAGCUGUCCCUGGGCACAGUACUUCAGAUUGAAGAGAGGACCAUUACUGAUGAACCUGCCAAGUGUAAUUCAGAUCUUCCAUGGUAUAUUCUAAGGAAACUGAUGAUGGUUAACGUGACAGCUAGAAAUAUGAAAUGUACAUCAGAAUGUGAAUCAACCUGUGAGGCUGCUUCAGGAAAUGCAAAGUUAAAAGUUGAUGGUCUGUUUGAUAGUCUACAUUCAGGUGACGUGAUAAACCCCCUUGACAUAAUCACUGCUCUCUUUCUGUGUUCUGAUGGUUUUGUACGGCAGGAAAUGGCACUCAAAAUGUCUAUGUGUCAGUUUUCUGUGCCUCUGCUGCUUCCUAAUUGUGACACAAAGCAGUGCACACUCAUGCUUUGGGCCAUGAGAGACAUUGUGAAAAAGUACAGACCUCAGUCACUUUCAGAGUCCAAGGGUUUUAUUGAAGACAGGAUUGUUGUCUCUGAACUUCCAAUGAUAUCUUUUGUGAGACUGGGUGAGUGCUCCUUGUCCAAGUCUGAGACCCUCAAUCAGCUUCUGAGCAAUUCUCAGCAGUACCAUGACACAUUUAUUCACCGUAACAUGGAAUGUGGUGACAGUUCAAGGAGAAUAUCCAAUGGAUUGGCUGAAGUUACUUGGUACCUUCCUUGUGGGAACAAAAACAUGGAUAUUUUCAGUGAGCCAGUAGCUGUAGCUAACCUUCGUGGGGACAUUGCUUCAUUUGAAAGACAAUUUUCUUUUUUGUGUCAGACAUCUGCAGCAGUGUUUGUGUUCUUUGACAAUUUGGACUCUGAGUGCGAGCUGCUUAUCAACCAACACCACAAGGCACAGAUCUUCUUAGUGGGCAACCAUCAAAGACAGAGCUUCAGUAAAGAUGCUCUUACUAGGUUAGCGAGAAAGUUGGGUUUGACUAACAGCAACAUCCUUUUGAAGGCUAAGCACAUGAAUGAUGCAGACUUCAUCAAACAUCUGCGGAAAACAGUCAGCAAUGUAGUUUAUAGCGCAAAGAUGAAGAUGGGGAUUGAGCAGAUGGCUAACAUUGCCCAUGAAUUGGGUAUCUUGGUGGAUGAGGACUGUGCAGAGUGCCAGACUGCCAAGAAAAAUGCAGAUGCCAUCACUGCAGAAAUUCAAGACAACCUUAAAUACAAAGAAGCUCAGCUUCCCUUGCAGGGCCAAAUAUGGAAGGAACUGACUCUCUUAGAGAAGGAAGAAUUUCGCCUUCGAAAAGUUGGGUCUGAAAACAUAGAAAAGUACAAAAGUGAUCUUCAGAUACAGAAAAUAAAACUUCGGGAAAAACAGAACUCUUGUGACAUGUCAAACGCUAUGACAUGUUUCAUCAAUGCAAUAUCAAGUCCAGGGAUAGAGAGGAGAUAUUUCCUGAAAUGGUUGCGAAUGAACCUCGAUAACCUGUCUCGAGAAAAACUGUCUGGCCUCCGGGAGCUGUACAAAAAGAAAUGUGAAAAUUCUGAGAACAAAGAGGAGAUCAAAGAAAUUGACAGACAACUUUCCAACAGCUCACUGGGGACUGAACACUUCUUCCGUGAAAUGGGUCAGAUCUAUGAAGCUUCACUUUCCCUUCCAGAAACAGACCCAUCACGUCAACAAUUACAACAUCUGCCCAAACUAUGUGCUGAAAUGUUGCUUGAUGGAUUUCCCCUUGAGCUUGUAGAUGGAGAUGCAUCCAACAUACCUCUCAGAUGGGUGAGUGACGUUCUCUCUCAGCUCAAUGACUUGGUGUCUCCUAAGAGCAAGAUACUGGUAGUCACAGUUCUUGGAGUUCAGAGCACAGGAAAGUCCACUCUCCUCAACACCAUGUUUGGAGUGCAGUUUGCAGUCAGCAGUGGUCGAUGCACUCGAGGUGCGUUUAUGUUGCUGAUCAGAAUCAAUGAAGAUGUCAAAAAAGAACUCAACUGUGACUUCAUGGUGAUCAUUGACACUGAGGGCUUAAAGUCACCAGAGCUUGCUCAACUGGACAAUAGCCAUGAGCACGACAACGAGCUUGCAACAUUUGUUGUUGGGCUGAGUGAUAUCACCAUCAUAAAUAUUGCAAUGGAGAAUUCAACAGAAAUGAAGGACAUCCUACAAAUAGUUGUGCAUGCUUUUCUCAGGAUGAAAGAGGUGGGCAAAAAGCCCAAAUGUCAGUUUGUUCACCAGAAUGUGUCAGAUGUUUCAGCCCAUGACAAGAACUUACGAGACAGGAAACUGCUCUUGCAGCAGCUAAACGAGAUGACCCAGGCAGCAGCCAAGAUGGAAAAGAAAGAGGAGAACAAGAGCUUCACUGAUGUGAUGGAGUACAGUCCCGACACUGGGAACUGGUACAUUCCUGGACUCUGGAAUGGAAACCCACCAAUGGCACCAGUCAAUGCAGGGUACAGUGAGGCCGUUUAUGAGCUCAAGAAGAACAUCAUCCAAAUUUUGGGAAGGUGUGAGUCAUCUGCUAAUAAUAUCAUGGAGUUUACAGAGUGGAUGAAAAGCCUGUGGAAUGCAGUAAAGCAUGAAAACUUCAUCUUCAGCUUCAGAAACAGCCUAGUGGCUGAUGCAUACAUGAGGCUGUGCACAGAGUUCAACAAAUGGGAAUGGGAAUUCAAAAAAGAAAUGUACACAUGGGCUACAAAAGCUGAAACAAGAAUUUCAAAUUUUGGCACAGUUGCUGUGAAAUCUGAGUUAUCUGACAUGAAAGAACUUCUCACUCUUUUGAAAAGUGAAGCUUGCACAGAGCUGACUAAAUGGGAGACAAAAAUUCUUGGAAAUUUGAAACAGUACUUUGAGCAAACAGAGGGUCAUGUGUAUCUAGUUGAAGGAUACAAAGAGGAAUUUGCAAGCAGUGCAAAGAUCCUUCGUCGAGAAAUGGAGAGCUCUGUAUAUAAUCAGCUCACAGCAGCAGCUGACAUCAGACAGGGAAUGACAGAACUUGACAGAACCAAGAAAAACCACACAAAAGAAUUAGAGGGGAGAGUGCGUCAGCUGAUUGAGGAAUGUCGGGGGGAAAAAGUCCAGAUGACAGACAAAGAGCUAGACAAAGAAUUUGAUAAGAUGUGGAAAAGUAUGGUGAAUGAACUCUCUUUUCCUCAACAGAAGGCCACAAAUGUCUUCACAAAUGUGGACCACUACCUCAGGGAUAAUCUAUCAUGGAAGGGGAGUCGUGUAUGUCAGUUAUUAAGUCAACAAAGGCUGAAAGAUUGUGGACUGAUGCCUUUCAAAUAUACAGUGGAAGGAAUUUGCAACCAGUUAAAAAACAAACUCAGCAAGCUCUUCAUUAAAGAUCAUGUAAUGGCUUCACAGAACAUGGCUGACAGCAUCAUAGAUGCUUGCACACAGUUUGUGACUGAAAAAAUGGAAAGGAAAAACAAUUACCAUGACACUUACAUCCAGGAGAUCCUACACAUGAUUGAUGAGCGGCUGCAGAACAGUCAGAGUGUUAAGAUAGACAUUGAGUUUGAAGUUUCUCUAAAACAGCACAUCUGUGGAGUUGUAGCCAGACAGUUUCAGAAAAUGCAUGAAGAUUUCAUACAUGCUAAUGAUCCUUACAGAUGUCUGAAUCGAAACAAAGAAAAGUUUCGUGCUGAUUUCAAAGACGUGUUCCAUGAAAGAGACCAGUGCCAGAAGAAGGCAGAAGAAUUCACAAACUACUGCUUGAGGCCUGCAGUCAAAGACUUUGUCAACCGUUCAUUGGGUCCUGAUAUUACUGGUGAAAUGCUGACAAGGUUCCAGUUCAGCACACGAAUGUUCUUCCAGUAUUCAGUUUUACUGGAUCUGCUCUCAAAGGAUGACUUUGAAAACUAUAAGAGCUACAUUUGCUCAUAUGAGGAUCAUGUAAAGAAAUGGACACACAAACAAAUAGUAGAACACUUUUCAAAGGGUGAUAAAGUUUUUGAGUUUGAGGAUCGACAUGUUCUGUCAAGUAUCAGCAGCAUAAAUGAUGCUAUCAACAAAGCUAAAACAGAAAAGAGUGGUAACGUGAAGACAUUUGUUGAAGAUGUCUGUCAAGAAUUUGGUGAUAAACUGGUCAUUUCCCAGGAUGCUCUUGGUGCUUUCAUGCUCCGAAACAAUGCCGACCAGGAACAGUUUGCUUACUGGCUCACUGAGUGUGUGAAGGACAUGGCACAGGCUCUUAGAGAGAAGUUUAAAAAAACAAACAUCCAAAUGAAACUGAAAAAUCUUCAUGUGAAGCCCCAGAACGAGCUUUUCACCCAGGUGAUUGGAUGUGGGCAACAGUGUCCAUUCUGCAAAGCUCCUUGUGACGCUGGGGCAAGUAAACAUGGAGAGCACUUUGCUAAACUACAUUGGCCACGGGGUCUGGUUCAAGUCAAAUGUGAUGCGACACAAAAACUUGUGGGUCUGGGUAAAUUCUGGAGGUAUGGGAGAGAAAAACUUGUCAUUGACAUAUGCUCGUCCUUGGUGAACAGUGAUAUGCGUUUUCGCUGUGAUGCUACAAAAGGUGAAUGGCACCCCUACAAGAACUACAGAGAAAUUUUCCCAGACUGGAUAAUCCAGUCAGAUGUAAGUUUAGAGGCGUCAGACUACUGGAAAUAUGUACUGGCAAAGUUCAACAAGGAGUUUGCUAAAGCAUAUAAUGCAGAGCCUGCUGAUAUUCCUGAAACUUGGAAAACAAUCACACGUAAGCAAGCAGAAGCGAGCCUCAAAGAGUCGUUUUAACAUCAAGUGAGAGAAGACAUGCUUUGUGAUUACAGAGGUACACAUAUUACAUUCAUCCUCUCAAGGAUAUUUUGAUAUCACUUGUUUUAUAUGUCAAAGAGAAACAUAAAAAACUGAAAAUCACUGCAUUUAGUCCACACCUUUUCCUGAGAUCCAAUUUAACUUGUUUACUAAAAAAUAAUCUGCUUUGUUUAAAUGUUGAUGAGGACAUUUGAAAAUACUUUUUUAUAUUCUAAACCAAUGUAGGGGCGCAUGUGAAAUCUGGCUUUGAAUUUAUGACUUGUAUGAAAGAUGAAGUCAUUAUAUUUCCACUGAGAAUAUGUACAGUUCAAUUAAUCAAAGCAACAAACUGACUUUUUUUGGUUUGUCACAUAUGAUCUGAAUUUUUUUUUAAUAUAUAUCUGAUGUCAUAUAUUUACAUUACAUUUUAAAAUCAAUAUUUAUGUGGUAUUGUCAUAAGAGGAUAAGUGAUUGCUUGGAAUUCACAAUCUGUUUGAAAUUAUAAGAUAUAAGUAUUUGAUGCAAAAUAUUGUAUAAAAAGUAUUAAAAGAUCAUUCAAUCCGAAUGUCAACAUGUAGGCCACACUGUGGCAAACACAGUCUAUUUCUUAUCUAAUAGAGUUUAAUGUGUGAUUUUCUUAACUCAGAAUUUCAAAUCUCUUUGUUUAAGUGUCUGUUGCUAAAUAUUGGCAUAUGUUUACAAAGGAUCAUUCAUUCCAUAUGUGGUGUUGUCAGCCAGGGCUGGACUGAGACUGGGUCAGACAACCCUCACCAAUACACCAUCCUUCCAUGUGUACCUACUGUAAUAUUCCCCCAAACCAGCUGAGUGGUAUGUGUCGAGGAUCAGUGUUUACAGAGUCCGUGGUGAUCAGAGGUGGCCAUGGAGUACAGAACUCAUACUCAAGUACAAGUAGCCUACAAGUCAUUUUCACAGCAGCGUGGGAUAAGCCAACAUGAUGCUGACAAAAUAACUUCAUCUCAGCCAUUAGGACAGUUAGCCAAAGUUACAGCUGCAUUAGGACUAUGCUAGCUACAAAAACAAUGUCUUAUGCAGCGCUGUAUAACAGUGAGUGAUCACCAGCAGUAGCUGACAGUCUCACUUUAAGAUAGCGUGACCUUAAUUGAAAUAAUCAUCAUCAUUGUCACUACAGCAUGGCUCACACAUGGCAUCACUUUGUGUUGAAAAAUGGUGGGAAUAUUUAGGGGCUCAGAUUAGAGGUGUGACUAAACACUAAAUCCACGAGACGUGACAAUGCACAAGUUUAGGGUCAUGAGAACAAGGCAAGAAAAUAUUUUACUGCUAUUUAGAAAAAAUAAGAAAACACUUAACUUCCUGCAUUCAAGAGACAUUAUCUGCACCAAUUUAUGGUGUAAUGUAUUUAUUUAUAUAAAGGGAAAUACAAAAUUCAGGUGGUGGGUGACAAUUCAGAAUACACAAUUAUAACAGAUUAUAAUGAGGUAAUCAGUAGCUUAUUAUAUUUUUUGAUAAAGUUACUUUUUUUGGAUAACACAGAUGUUCCUGCUAUACAUACCUGCAUUGCAAGGUUUCUUAUUGUGCAAAUAAUCCGUUCUCAAAGCAUUUUCAUUUGUUAAUUAACAUUUCUUGAUGAAACAGAUCGCAGGGAGGGAGUGGGGGCUAGUAAGGCUGUUAUUGAGCCAGCCCAGUGUCAGGAAAGAAAUUUACCUGAUAGUCCGCUGUCUGUGCUUUAUGGGCCAGUCGUUAUUUAUAUAAAUAAAUAAUUAACGUUACACCGGCCCCAAAAGGUCCAUUGGCCCACCAGGCAUUUGCCCGGUAUGCCAGAUUAGCAGUCCACCCCUGUUGUCAACAUGUAUACAUUACUUGUGUUAAAUGAUUUAAUAAAGAAACAAAAUCAGCA